AUGCGAUUCCUAACACCUGUUCCGUUAAUUUUUGUGAUUUUAUCACUUCAUACAGUACUCUCCAAAGAUGUCGAUCCUGAAAUGCAUAUGACAACGCCUCAAAUUGCUAUGCGAUGGGGAUAUCCAGUUAUGAUUUAUACAGUCACCACUGACGAUGGCUACAUUCUUGAGCUUCAUCGAAUUCCUUUUGGAAAAACGAACAAUACGAUUGGGAAUGGAAAGAAGCCGGUGAUGUUCAUGCAACACGGUCUUGAAUGCGACAGCAGCAACUGGGUUGUCAAUCUUCCAGAUGAAUCGGCUGCUUUCAUAUUUGCCGACGCCGGAUUUGAUGUUUGGAUGGGCAAUUUCCGCGGAAACACCUAUAGCAAAAAACACAAGAAUCUGAAACCAUCACACUCGAGCUUCUGGAAGUGGUCAUGGGACGAGAUGGCCCAGUAUGAUCUACCAGCAAUGAUCAACAAAGCCUUGGAAGUGACCGGACAGGAAUCUCUUUACUAUAUGGGCCAUUCGCAAGGAACUCUGACGAUGUUUAGCAGACUUUCCGAUGAUAAGGACGGAUUCGGCGACAAGAUUCGCAAAUUCUUCGCUCUGGCUCCAGUUGGAUCAGUUAAGCACAUCAAAGGAGCUCUUAAAUUCUUUGCUGACUACUUCUCACUCGAAUUUGAUGGCUGGUUCGAUAUUUUCGGGUCUGGCGAGUUUCUUCCAAACAACUGGAUAAUGGAUCUUGUGGCGCAGUCGAUUUGCGCCGGAUUGCAAGUCGAAAAAGAUGUUUGUGAUGAUGUCAUGUUCCUAAUUGCCGGACCAGAAUCCAAUCAACUCAACGAUACACGAGUUCCAAUAUAUGUUGCUCACACCCCAGCUGGCACUUCAACUCAAAAUAUCGUUCACUGGAUACAAAUGGUCCGUCAUGGAGGCACUCCAUAUUACGAUUACGGAUCGAAGGAAAAUAAAAAGAAGUAUGGACAGGCUAAUCCGCCAAGCUACGAUUUCACAAACAUCAAACGACCAAUGUAUCUCUAUUGGGGAGACUCUGACUGGCUUGCUGAUCCGACUGAUGUUCAAGAUUUCCUUCUACCUCAUCUGAAUCCGGCAUUCGUUGUUCAAAACAACAAACUGACCGAUUACAAUCAUUUGGAUUUUAUUUGGGGACUUCGAGCUCCCAAGGACAUCUAUUUUCCAAUAAUUGAUAUCAUCAAAAAGGAUAUCAAUGGAUAA